GGGCAGUCGGGAGUGAAACGCUGGCUGGCACGUACACUCCCGCGGCCAAACCCAAGGCAGAGGUGUCUUUGCUUCGUCUGUGUGCAAUGUGACCAAGAAUGCAGUGUGGAUCUGGUGUAGAGGAGCAAGACUGUUAUGGGAAACAAAGCUGCAAAGAAACAUCAUCAUGUGGAAACCAAACUUGCUGGCUGUAGCUGACUUAGUUUGAAAUUGUGACGACUAAUUGAAAAGACACAAAAAUGACUUUGGUGGGAGAGCUCCCUGAAAUACUCAAGUUCAAGUGAAGUCAUAAAGCAGAGGAAAGAUUGCCGGCACUCACUGAAAGCCUGCCCCUCAGAGAAGGAAAGACUGUUGCAAGGAAGAAACGGAAGAGACAUUGGAAACAUGAACAAAAGUUGGAAGUAAGAGUGUUUUAGACACCCAGUACUCCAGCUGUCAACCUCCAGACUGGUGGCGACAAGCACCUCAAGAAGAUGGCAGUUCGUUACUCUCAUGACGUGACCGAUUAUAGGUUGGGCUGUUUCGUUCGGCUGUUGUUCAGAUGGCGGGGCAGCGUGUACAAGAUGGUGUGGCCAGACAUGUUGAUGUACAUUCUGCUGUAUUACAUCAUAUCGUUCGUGUAUCGGUUUGCACUACCGGAGGAUGAGAAGAGGGUGUUUGAAAAAAUAUCCAUUCACGUGAGUCACUUCAGGAACCUGAUUCCAAUAUCCUUCGUCCUUGGCUUUUAUGUGAGCGUGAUCGUGACGCGCUGGUGGGGCAUGUAUGUGUCCAUGCCCUGGCCAGACACGCUGGCUAUCCUGUUGUCCAACCAUGUGCACGGUCAGGGGAACAGUGCGAGGCUAGCGCGUGUCACAGUGGCUCGCUACGUCAACAUGGGCAUUGUGCUCACCUUCACCAUGGUGUCGCCCGCCGUCAAGGCCAAGUUUCCGGGGUACCAGGAUCUGCUGGAUGCAGGAUACCUCACCAAAGAUGAAAAGUCCGUCCUGGAGCGUCUAGACCGCAGGAGUAAACAGCACAAGACCUACUUGCCGUUCCUGUGGGCGUGCCGCAUAGUGGAUCAAGCCAAACGGGAAGGUAUGAUCACCGACCCCAUUGCACAGAAGACAAUCACGGAUGAAAUUAUGCGCCUGCGAGGAUGUUGCGGGGAGCUGCUUGGCUGGGACGAUUACAACAUACCGCUCGUGUACACACAGGUCGUCACAAUCGCGGUGUACUCCUUCUUCCUGUUCUCGAUUCUGGGAGAGCAGUUUCUUGACCCUGCACAGAAUUAUCCAAACAAUAUCAUCGACCUAUAUGUGCCUGUGUUUUCUCUCUUGCAAUUUUUCUUCUACAUCGGAUGGCUGAAGGUAGCUGAAUCCCUUAUCAAUCCUUUCGGCGAGGACGACCAUGACUUCGAAUUCGUUUCUCUGGUCACCCGACACCUGGAGAUGACCUAUCUUCUGGCGGACACUCAAGAACGAGAGAUUCCUGCCCUCGUUAAGGACACGUUCUGGGAGUCGUCUUCCGGCGAAGAGCUAAUAAUGCCGGCUGCUCAGUCCGCCUUUCUGCUGGCUAAUCAAUUCUCUUUCGACGAGGACGCAAGCAAUAACGCCGCCACUCCAUGUGUGUAGUAUGCUUUCAGUUUAAGUUAUUUAAUCUGAGACAACUUUUCAUGUCGGCAAUAUAAUACACUUUAAUUGUACAUGACAUUGUGUGAAAUGCGUCACUGCCUCAAGCUUUUUGUCAUCUCAUGUUGCUCACAAAAAAACAGUUGUUGGUCACACAAAAUGAGUUUGGGCCUUUUAAGGAAAUAUGAAAUGAUGGAUAUGCAAUGCGAUGAUGUAAGCCAUACGUAUGUACUUGUAAAUCUUUUAAACAAUCAUUUUAGCUGUGUUUGUAAGACAUGUGAGUUUGAACGCGUUUCUAUGACGUAUUUUCAUCUAAGGGAGAUUAAGAUGCAAUAUGAUUGUCACUACUCGGUGCCGUUAGGAAUGUCGGUAUGGAAUAAUCAUGUAUGGUGAUCCAUCCCACAAGUCGAUUUUGCCACUGAGAAGUGUUUUGUUAUGACGAAUACCAACUGAACUUUCCCAGGUCCUCUCCGGUACCAUAAGACCCUAUUGAUGCAGCGCCUUAACUCACACACUGAGUCUGUUAAAUGAUGUACAACACAAAUCUCCCAAAAAAUAUAACCUCAUAUGAAAAUUUCUUCAAAGUAAACAUAGUAAACUGAAAAAUAUAUUUGUUUGAAAAAAGAAAAA